AUGGACAGUCUACUAGAACCAGAACACCAGCUGCCCACCCCCUUAACGUACCUGCACACUCUCCUCGCUGCAGCGGAGGACACACAUGAAGCUCGCAGUAAAGUCGUCGCCGCAUACGACACCAUGUUAUUAUACGCACUCGCUUACCCAAGGAAACGGGCCCUGGCUCUGAACCUAUGGACGGCGAAUCUAGGGGCGCUCGCUUCCACGCCCUCUGGAGAUUUCGGACAAGCGUGGCAGGAGCUAAUGGAGCGGCGUGAGGAGCUGAUCGACUACAUGGACAGAGAGCAGAUGGACAGAGAGCAGAUGGACAGAGAGCAGAUGGACAGAGAGCAAAACGCAGUGUUCAUGGAUGUACGCGUCGAUGCCUACACUCAGCUGUGGUUGAGGAUGCUGCAAUUAGGCUACGACGGGCAAUACGCUGCUUUCCUGACCCAGUUGAUAGAGGAACAACCCCAUUACUUCGACCGGCCGAGCGAUAUUGACAACUUUGUGCAACAGCGAUCGCAUCCAGAGGACUUUCCAUAUUUGGGCGACUUACUGUUGAUCCCUGCACCGGCCACUGGACACCUCAAGACGGCUGAGUCUGUCCUUAAUCUCUUAGUCCACCACAUCGCAUACAUUUGCGACCUUUUCGAGAAAACAGAUUACGCACCCAGUCCAGCGUUGGUGGAGGCUUUUGCAGAGUAUCGCGUCGAUCAGCUGUCGCGUAUGUUUGGCGAUCCAGGGAAUUACAUGCCGUUGGAUGCGCGCAUCCACUGCGCUAAUAUAAAUCAUCGUACUAUCCACGACUUUGUUGUUUUGCGAGCGAAGGAAAUCCUUCAAAGUACAGAGACAGAGCUUCUCAACUGGCACAUGUACAAGUGGCUUGUGCGAUGUGUAGAAAGCGUCUUCAAGGAUGUGCCUCGAACCACAACCCUGUUCGAUGACCUCAGUCUUGGCGUGGGAAGCGUCGAACAGAGAAACUACAUCCCGUUUCAGACCGCAAAUUUACGUGUUCCUGAUCGCAUUAUACAAGCAUGGCAAGAGGAGGACCCUGCUGAGUUUGAGCCUGCUUCAUUGGAAGACGUAGAGUUCGAAGCGACAGGACCUCGUAUCCUGACCAAGAGCGUGGCUACGCCUGUCCAGCUUGGGACUGAAGCCAUCUGUCCAGUCGAUUUGGAGCGCUUUGACGUCCGCAGCGCAGAUACGGUGGCUUGGAAGGUCGGAUGCGGCCAUGCGUUUCAUGCGCAGUGCUUGGAAGAUAUGGUCAACGGCGUCGAGAAGAAUAGCAAUCGCUGUCCGCUGUGUAGAGCGGAGAUCUGUGAUGCGAGAGAGCGGCGUCGUAUUGAGUAG